AAACAUUAUAUUAUUAGUCCUAAAUAACUUAAAACAUUUUACAAUAAAUUCGAUUCUAUCCAAAAGAAAUAUCUUGGUAUUUUUUCUGUAACAAAAUAACUUUUGAUUAUGUUAUAUUUUAAUGUUAAAACAAAAUCAGAAGUAAAUAUUAAAAUACAAAAACUGUUUAUUUUUAAGUACCAACACUGACUGAUUGGCGGAGUUUUUAAAAUAUGGAACAAGAGAUUACGCAUAAUGAUAAUGAUAAGAUAACACACCCAUUUUGUUAUAACUCUGUACCUAGAAUACUGUUUUGAUAUGAUUUUAUUAUUUCACGCUUAAAAAUCAUGGAAAACCGAGGACAUGAAGUCGAAAUACAUCCAAGAAGGCAAGAAAGAAGGGUGGAGGAUCUACAUUUGGAUAGUGUGAUAGCAUCACAACCAGAAAUUGGGCCAUCUCCUCCUGACGGUGGCUAUGGAUGGCUCAUUGUUUUUUCUGCUGCAUUAUACCAUAUUACCGUUCCCAGUCUUCUGUCACUGUAUGGCUUCGUUAUUCUGAAAUCGAUUAAACAGGAAGAUCACGAGGAAGGAGAGAAAUUAAAAAUAUGGGAUGCGGAUAUAGCAUUGGUACCAGUCAUAAUGGUGGUGAUGAGACUGCUUUUGGAGUCCUGGUGCAGAGCAGUAGUGAAAAUCUUCAACAUGCCGCGAUUCAUGGCUCUAUCCGGUCUUUGCUUGACAGUGGCGGGAGUUUUGAUGUCCAGCUACGCUACAGAUAUCGACAACAAUGACCACAUAAUCAGCAUUUUCGCGGGAAUAUUUACAGGUAUUGGUUGUGCUCUUACUGGCCAACAAACAGAAGUAAUAGUAACGCAUUAUUUCAGAGAAAAGCUUACAACGGCACAGCGAUUAGUCCGUAUGGCUCCCUCGGUUGGGAAUACCUUAAUACCGAUUCUAGUCGGCUACCUCUGCACUCAGUACGACUCAGGCUCUGUGGUCAUGAUAUAUGCAGCUAUCAUAAUGCAAAACUGCGUGUUCCUAGCGGCAUAUACUCGACCAAUUUACAUAGAAAAAGUCAUAAGAACCACCUACAAUAUGCUACGUGACGCGAACGAAGAUGACGAUGAAGUAAUAUUCUCUAAUCAGAACACAACAUCUAACCAACCACAACCGCAGAGCUCCACGAGGAAUGACGAACAAAUCGCAACGCAGGACGAGGACGUUCACGACGUGGUAGUUUUCAAAUCUAAAAGGGACGCAAAGGAAAUUAUGGAUCCUGCAAUCGAAUACAGAGAGAAGCGAUCCGCUGGAAACAACGAGGCUAGGUUCUCGUCAGAUUUUAGCUCUAUGUUCGAUAAUCCCAAUCGAUUCUCAUCGAACUUCGGAUCGCAAGAUAUCUUCAAUUACAAUAGGACUAAUGCUUAUCAAGAAUUAGAAAACAUCGAUGGUCAAAACCCCCAACCUUUGUACAGGGAAACAACAGUUGAUGCUCCCCAAAAUAUUGCCGUAUUCCCUGAAGCUUCUCCAGGCACGGUCAGAAGAACGGCAACAAUGAAAAAGAAUUGGAUAACCAUCACGAAUAUGCUGUUAGAUAUAAACUUCUAUAUGUAUGCGCUAUUACAUACGUGUACCACUUUCUCGAUCACAGUUCUUAGAGUGUUUUUCCCGGCUAUGGUAUGGGAAGUUAACCAGUUGAUAAUGAAACAAUCGCUUGAUAUUUGGACUGUGUCGAGUCUAGUAACGGUGGCCCAUGCAUCCGCCUUGUGCUUCAUAAUGCUAUGUAUUGUGAUGCCCAACUCCAUCAACGAAAAAUCAAGACUUUGCGCAGCCUUCUGUCUUGUAGGCGCCAUCGGAUUUUAUGGCAUUACCAUAUCUGGGAGCAAAAGCUUUUUAGUAUUAUGGUGCAUGUGCGCGAGCUUCUCUACCGCUGCAUCCAGCAUAUUACAGCAACCGCUGUACAACAGUACACUGAACGAGUUUGACACGACAGCGACUAUCACAGCUACAAACCUCAUCGCAGCUGUGUUCAUACUCGCCUGGUCACUGGCCAGGAAUUAUGAAUAUAAAACCUGUUUCUUAGCUGCCAGUGCACUGCAGAUUGCAACCGCUUUGGUGUUCCUCGCUAUGUCAUUUAGAAGACGGAGAUAGUUUUAUAUAUAUUUUUUUUAAUUAUUAUAGAAACUCUUUAGUAGCGUGAUAGAAUGAUAGAGCCGCCCCAUGAUGUCAAAUUCUAUGCCAUUAAAUGGUAACCACUACAUAGUAUAAACAAAGUCGCUUUCUAUG